UUCUUCCAUUUCGACUUCUCUUUCCUUUUCUCCUCCGUCGUCCUUUUCCUCCUCCUCCUCCUCCGUGAGGGGGAAUCAAGCACGGCCGGCCUCGUCGCCGCCGUUCAACAUUGUGUGCCAGCCACAAUGCUUGUCCAAUAUGCUGGCAUCGCUACAAGUGAUCAUCAUGGCCACCUGCCCGACACCGCUGGUCCACGCAAUGUGGCGUUGCCGUUCGUCUUGUGCGUGACAGUCAGGAGUGGCUGUUACAAUGCCGGCACUUUCAUUGUCUCCCGCAUGGUUGCCAAUUCCAUUGUCAAGGCCAUUGUGGCCUCGGUCUCGGCUGUCUUUGCUUAUUGUCAAGGACUUCGUUAUAGACCCAAAAAUAUACCCUUCCUUUGUCUUGAUCUCUAGCAACGCUUCGUGUGAAUCCGCCCCAUCCUCGUGUGUCCAUAUAUUAACCUACCGCGCCCAGCACGUCCUCCAUGCCUUCUGUGCAAUCUUUUUUUCACUAUAUUUCGUUUUUGUUUUCGUUUCGCAACUUGUUACCGAUAAAUCGCAAUGGCCUCCCCGGAGGAGGAUCUCUUCGGAGACCAAGAGGUGGAGGAUAUCCUAAACGCAAGAGGCAAUGGCGAUGGAGCCAUGUCACUGGAGGACGAGUUCAUGGCAGCAGAAGAGAUGGAAUCGGAUAUCCCCGAGGCUAUUGGCAAUGGCAACGGCAACGGCAAUGGGGCUCAUGGUGCAGCCACGGCUGAUGGUGGUUCGCAACAGCUCCUCCAUGACCAAGCACCUAUGGCCCCAUCAGGACAAAAUUACCCUGCCCAGGCUGGUCACAAUGACCAACAUCUCAGCCCACAGAGUCAAUGGUUAGCUGCCACUCUCACUAAUGCUAUGCAAGAACACCCUCAUGCACAAGGGCCCAUAAAUCCAUCUGUUCAAGAUGCCACUUCGCAGGCGGGUGGUGUACACGACAUUCCCAUUGACCCCCUUUUGUUCACAGCCAGUCAAGAAUGGAAUUCCCAAGUUGUUCAACAAUACCCCUUGACGCAAAAUCCCAAUCCAGAGGCGGCCCCUGAAACCUAUAGUAACGAUAGCAACGGGGUUAUAAAAAAUUUCCUACGCGAGGAGGGGUUUGGUACUCAGUUCCAGCCCACGACCUUCGCGGCCCUUGAACAAGCACCUGAAGGAGGUAUGGGCCAGUAUCCAGCUCCUGGCGGUAGUGUUGACGACUGGCAACAAAACGAGUUCAGUAAUGAUAAUCUCAAUCACGACUUGGAGGCCUUGGAAAAUUUCCAGGAUCAUUUGAGGCACAUAACUCCUCAGCCAGGAGCAGAGGCGGACGGUUUCAAUGGUGAGAUUCAGCCCGCCGCCCCUGCGGCUCCUGAAGGAGCACCUGCUGAAGGUCUGGGUCAGUACCCAGCUCCUGGUGGUGGUAGUCACGGCGGGGAACAAGACAUCGUUAACCAAGGGUCCAAUGAUGAGGGUUCCGCUGGGAUAAAAAUUCCUCUUGAAGGAACAUGGCUACCAGACAAGAUAGAGGACUAUUUUCAGGUGCCAGGAGCAGCGGGAGGGGAUGGUUCUAAUGCUCACCAGAUCCAGCCCGCUGCCUCCGCGGCCCCUGAGCAAGCAGCUGCUGACGGCGGGCAACAACGUCAACAAUCACAACAGCAACCACAGCAACAGCCACAGCAACAACCACAUCAACAACCACAACAACAAUCACAGCAACAACCACAGCAACAACCACAAGACAUAUACAACAGUAAUCAGAAUUUUGGUGGUGCUCCUGUUUCCGAUGGAAAAAUCCAGCAAUAUCCCUCCCACAAUCAGCAAUUUGCUGGCCCACAAGCUGUUCCAGACAUCGUUAUCCAACAGCCUUCCUCUGAGAAUCAGCAGUUUGCCGGACACGCCAGCCAGUUUAACAAUGGAUACCAGCAAUUGGGCGGCGCACAAACCGGUCAAGGACAAGGAGGAAUAGGUGGACCGUUUAACAACGGAGAUCAGCAAUUCAAUGAUGCUGCGCAAUAUGGCCGAGAAGAAGCUGCUAUUGACCUUCUGAAUUUGGGCGGUGCACGAGCUGGUCAAGUAGCUGGCGCUGGUCACUUUAACAACCAAGGCCAGCAACUCAACAACGGACAUACCGGGCAGAGAGGUACCGGUGGUCUCAACAACAACGGGUAUCAGCAAGUGGGCGGUGCACAAAUUGGUCAAGGAGCCGGCUAUGGUCAGUUCAACCAUGGAGCUCAGCAAUUCAACAAUACACAAAAUGGGCAGGGAGGCGGUGGUGGUAGCCCAUAUCACAAUGGAGGCCAACAGCAAUCGGGCGGUGCACAACUUCAAACUGGCUUUCUCAACAACGGACAAACUGGUCAAGGACAAGGAGGCACGGGUGGCCCUUUCAGUCAUGAUAAUCAACAACUUUACCAGAACAACGGUAUGCAAUAUGGCCAAGGUGUUGGUGGCCAGUUUAACAAUCCUGGAGGCGAGCAUUUCAACAACGCACCAACUGGUGGCCAAGGAGCGACCGGGAAUGCCCAGUUCUAUAACGGAAGCCAGCAACCCAGCCGUGCACAAACUCCCCAAGGAGGCACGGGUGGCUUCUUGAGUCCUGGAAAUCAACAAUUUGGCCAUCACAGCGGUAUGCAAAAUCGCCAAGGAGGUGCUGGUGGACACGUGAGCCCCGUGAAUAACAACCAACAGGCCGGUCUGCCACAUGCUGCUGGAGGUGUUAAUCAGCCCCCUUUCCCCGGGAAUCAACCAUUUCCCGGUUCACCAUAUGGCACAGGAGGUGUUGUUGCUCAGCCUGGCUCCGGAACCCAGCAAUUUCCUGGUACACAAUUUGGUGUUUUGGGAGGUGCUAGCGGCCAACCUCACCAUGGAACCCAUCCACAACCUGGACAUGGUAAUGUCACAACACAAGCAGUCCAAAACAACAACAGCGGAGUUCUAGAUCCCAAUGCUGCUCACCUGCCGCUUAUAGGAUCUGCUCCCCCAGAACCACGCCUACCUCCCGUGGUGACCCCUCCCGUUUUCCCGCCCGGUACUCCGCAACCAGACAGCUGGGUGGCUCCGGGCUCCGGCAACGAAGUCGUCAAGAUUCGAGCCAUGAAAUUCCGCAACCAAUAUGGUAUUCAUCCCCAAUCCGUGUACUACUACAGAGCGCACACGCAGCCCUGGGGCACUGAGUACGGUCAAGCGGGUCGACCGAGCGCGAACUUGUUCGCCUAUGCCAACAGCCAGCCAUUAGCCAGGGCCGAGCUAGUAGCUUCGAAAGUCUACACAACAUCGCAGCUUUCCCUGUUCUUCCGAGGCGAGGGUCAUCCAAACCGACCCAACAGGCACUUGACCUUGUGGAUCCAAAACGUGCCGCUCUUGGUCUCGGAUAGGUACGCACAAAAGGAAUCAGGAAAAUGUAAGUACGAGGACUGCGCGGCGAAACCCGCCUACACGAUUAUGAAGGGCUUCCACCGCAUCGCCUUUGACGAACACUCCCAUCACACCGGCGACUACUACGACCCCUACAACAACGCGGGCUACAUGCACUUGUGGUGUUUCGAGAAGGCCUUUGACGCCGGCUAUCUCGUCUGGGACGUGCAAGAGCGGCCUCACUUGUACGGCUUCCGCAUCGAGGCGGAUGUGCGCCACCACCGGUUCGAAGAAAAAAACAAUGCCUCCAUCAACCGCGACCACAAUCUGCACGACACAUACCGACAGUGGAAGAACGAACAAUGGGAGCGCUACGUCCAAAUACGACACCAAGAAGCUAGAACAGGCCAACGCUACGAUCCUUACCAGUCUGUCAACGGUAUCUCCAAUGACAACCGUCUCUGGAGACGGCUGACAGACAAACAUAUUGCCGAGGAGGUCCCCGCGCGCGCAAGAAACCGCGUGAACAGGAACGUGACGGGCAACACGAUUGACAAUCACAGAGGGGAUCUUGAGCAGUUCCAUCGUGCUAAAGAUGAGGCGAAGCCAGCGUCGCGGGCGGCUGGCAACAAAACCCAAACUGGAACACGUGCAGCAGGCCCUUCAACUCCCAAAAGGAAACGUAACAGCGCUGCUACUGGCGACGACGAAGAAGAUGAAGAAUACCAUGAAACUCCAGGCUCCAAAAAGUCACGCACCCAAAACCAAAACCAUCACACUCCAGGUUCCAUGGGCCCACCACCACCGUCAUCCACCACUCCGCGCCGCAGCACCCGCCGCGCCUCCCAAAUCAUCGUUCACGACCUCAACGAGCAACUCGGCACAGCCGGCGAGUCUCCCCUUACCCGCUCGCGCGCCACGUUUAUCGGGCAGCAGCUGAACCAGCUCCCCGAGCACCUCCAACAAGACGUGAUCAGCCAUGCGCCCCAGGCGACCUUGCAGGCCAUCUCGCCUGUAUUGUUGCAGAACUGGAGGCCCGAAGACUGGGGAGCGGUGCUCCAGGAGAGGGUGAGCAGGAUGACGCCGUACCAUCAGGGGCUGUUGGCUGCGUAUGCGGAGAAGACGGAGAAGAAGGCGCAGUUGGAUGGGGGCACGGGAAAGAGGAGGUGGAGGAGUGAUCCGUGA